AUGUUGACCCGCUCACACAAGGCCAACGACCGUGACCACAAGGGCAUUGCAGAUGGCACCGCAGCUCCUGUCGAGUAUCUGCCUCGCUACUUUGCCAAGAGCGGCUACGUCGACGCCGACCCCAAAAAGAUGAAAAAGGACGGCAAUGGCAAGGGGAAUUGGGGCACAAUCGCAGACGACGUCAUGGAUCAUGACUUCAAGUUUACCAAUGCUCGGCGCCGCUCAAACAGCAGCACCGCGUCCCAUCACAUCAACGACUUCAAGACAAAGUUUGAAGUGAUUGAUGCCGAGCCCGUCUUUGAGGAGUCGGUCCACGGGCCCGCGGAGGAAGACGAGCUCUCCAAGACGGACUCGUCUGAAAGCGGGCAUUCGGCUGCGUAG